AUGAACUAUAUCGAAUAUAUCGCCAAUCCUCAUCGCCAGUGUGCAAUUGUCGCCCACCGUGGCUUAUGGAAUGAAGCUCCUGAGAACAGCUUGCUUUCCAUCCGACGCACCAUGGAAGCUGGCUACAAUGUUGUUGAGAUAGACGUACGCCGUGCCGCUGAUGGCGAAUUCGUACUACUCCACGAUAGUACCCUGGAUCGGAUGGCCGGCAUCGAUAAGAAGCCAGAAGAGUUGACUUUGAAAGAACUGAUAUCGCUUUCGCUGAGAAACCGUGAUGGAGGCCCAAAUAAUCCAUUCACCAAGGAGAAGGUGCCCACCUUACGUGAUGUCUUUGAGCUCACCCGCAAUAAGAUUUUCAUUCACCUCGACAUCAAGCAUCGUCAUGUCAUCCCAGAAGUGCUGGACUAUGCACAGAAGAUGGGUAUCGAAAAGCAAGUGGAUUUCUGGGCUGAUCUAAAGACGGAACUUGAUCUAGCCUGGAUCAAAGCCAAUAUCACCACGCAUAACGUUCCGUUCAUCGCACGCACCCAUCUCGAGCAUGAUGACUGGCGAGAACAGGCCAACCUUGCUCUUGACCUGAAGCCCCUAAUCUGCGAAGCCUCGUUUCGGGACCUCUCGCAGGUCGAUGCAAUGAAGCAGCAAUUCCAUGAUGCCGGAAUCACGCUCUGGGUCAAUACUCUCGACAGUGUCGCCUCUCCAGGCUUUACUGACAGCGCUGCAUUGGAGGACCCUGACAAAGUUUGGGGACGGCUGCUCCGGGCUGGCUUCUCCGCGAUUCAGACGGAUGAGAUGGCGGCACUGCGGUCUUUUCUCCCCGCGCUUGAUUGA